CUUUUUUCCACUUUUCUUUUCUCUCUUUAAAUAGAUAUAAAAAGAAGAGAGAGAGAGAUGCCUUUGCAGUCCACUACUUACAUGAGCGAAAGUGUGGAACCUGGUUUACCCAGUACCCCUGAACCAUCCAGACGUUAUGUUCAAUGGAAAGAAGAUGACGUCGGACUUUUAUUAACUGACUUGGAACAAGUGGGUCAUUACGCCAAGUGGAAGGAGAACAAGUCGGGUUAUUCCAAGCGUGUAGCAGAACAAGUCUUUAAAAACGUCAUGUACCAUGAAGCUAUCAAAUUUAAAGUACGUUGGUUAGAAUCUCGAUUUAAACUCUGGCAACAUCAAUUGACAUUACAAGAUGAGGCGACACUUCGAGAGAAAUUAGACAAGGAAUUCCCUUAUUAUGACCGAUGUAAGCCUAUCUUUACAGCACUCACAGUAGUAGAUUCCCCUAUGCAAGUUAAUCCCCCUGCACUGACAGUGACGGAAGAUGAAGAGGCUUUGAUGGAAGAGGAUAUGAAGAGGGAACCAUCCGACUCAUCCGCCAUGAAAGCCACGGGGAGGAGUCCACUUUCGGAGAUGGUGGUGAACAACAAUCACCCUAUACCCUACACUGCUAAAAAGAGAAAAUCAAAUCCAGCAGAGAAAUCAAGUGGCAGUGAAUGCAUAAUCUAUGGAACACAGGGUAUGACAAAGGAUAAAGUCAAAAUCAUGGAAUUGGAACUCGAACUUAAAAAGAUGGAUCAUCAAGAACGUAUGCAAGAAAUGAAGUUGGAGCAAUUAAGAUUGGAAAUUGAACUUCAACGGUUAAAAAGGGAUACUCCACCUUAAAAACUUCUCUCUCUGUAUAUACAUAUAUACCUUAUAUAUUAAAAAAAAAAAAUUAUACUGCUGAUAAAUAGAACGAAAGGAGGGGGCUUCUUUAGUGCUAAAAGAAAAACGAGUAUUUCAUGUUGGUUCAUUUAUCCCCUUUUUUUUUUUUCUCCUUGCACACAUGUGUCAAUCCGGAAUGCCUGUUCUUUAGCUUAUAGUAAAGGGAUGAUCGGUUAAUAUAAAAUUAAAAAAAAAAAAGGGAACACAAGGUGUAACCAUAUUUAUGACUGAAGCUGUC